GGAAAGCGGAUUCGCCUCACAGUGCGACGGAUAAUCCAGCCAUCUGCAACAGUGACAUUCUUAAAUGAAAGACCACUUCACAGGAAAAUGUAAAAAUGUGUUGGUAGACGAACAGAGCCUGUGUCAUUUUAGUGCCCUCUUAGUAACUCAGUGGGCAUUCCCAGUUCUAGUCUGCAAUCUGAUACUUCAUUUACCUCACGUCGACAGUGUCAAUUGAAUAAUUUUACCUGGAGAAUUUCAGUGCUUGUAAAUGACCGUAACCUGUUAUUUGUGUACCAUUUCGGAUAAAUCCACUUAAAUGAAUAACCACAGGUCUCUAUAGAUGUGUGUGUGUGUGUGAUACUGUGGGGGUGUGUCAGUUUUAAUUCUGCCCAGUAGGUGGGACUUGAUGCUCGGAGCACAGACUUCUCCUUUCCCCCUCAUUCUCUCUCCUGCUAUCCCUGUAAGUCCCAGAGCUGUGCGAGAACCUGGGACCCAGCCGCUUCACGGCGCAGCAGACGAACACGGUUUAUCUGGUAUAUCAUGCAGUCCGGAGAAAACCACAGACCGGGAGUACUGAUUCUUCAGCCCCUUCGCUUCUAACGGAGUAUUUUUUUCCUCUUUUUUUUUUCUUGAUCUUUUUGAGAAUAUUUGGACACUACGGCAUUCUCAAUACUUUGACAUACAAUCACACUCGUUAAGACACACACACAUACAAACAUAUAUAUAUACACACACACACAGCCUGCAUAUACAAGGAUACGCACAUUUCCACACAAUCCCAGGACGGCACCGACUCUGCACGGGACCUGGAAUCAUGGAUCUAUCGCUCUGUCCGCCCCGAAUCUGCUGGUGGAGGGUUUUGUUUCUCUUGAGCAUCUUCCAAGACUAUCUGAGUUCCAUGCUGGACUGCCCCCCCACCUGCAGCUGCUCGCUAACCGAGAUCUACUGCAAUAAGUCCGACAACGGGAAAUUCUUCCCUUUGCUGGAAGUGCCGGAGACCGGGAACAGCGGCAACAGCAGCAACAGCAUUCCUGACAUGUUCAAGAACAUCACCUCCAUACACAUAGAGAACUGGACGGGACUUCAAACCCUCAAUGCUGUGGACAUGGAGCUGUACACAGGACUGCAGAGGCUAACAAUCAUGAACUGCAGCCUCCGGGUCAUACUGCCAAGAGCUUUUGCCAAAAACCCUCAUCUGCGUUACAUAAACCUGUCCAAGAACCCACUGGUGACUCUCACAUGGCAGCUUUUCCAGAACCUUCAACUCUCUGAACUGAGACUGGAUGAAGUCACAUUCAACUGUAGCUGUGACAUCCGCUGGAUCCAGCUGUGGCAACAGAGAGGGGAGGCGGGACUCCACACACAGCAGCUGUUCUGCUUUGACAGGGAUUCUCGGAAGAUCCCCCUGCUUGGCAUGAAUAUCUCACACUGUGAUUUACCAGAGAUUAGUGUGAGCCACAGCAACCUGACAGUGAUGGAGGGAGACAACACCACUGUCAUCUGUAAUGGGUCAGGGUCACCUCUGCCUGAUGUGGACUGGACUGUCACAGGGCUCCACUCCAUUAACACACAUCAGACCAACGUGAACUGGCCAAAUGUCCACUCUAUCAAUUUGACUCUGGUCAAUGUGAGCAGGGAUGACAACAGCUUCCUGUUGACCUGUAUUGCAGAGAAUGUGGUGGGGAUGACCAAUGCUUCCAUCCAGCUUUCAGUCCUCUUUCCCCCUCGUAUUAUGUCUCUGAUGGAACCGGAGAGGCGGCACGACACCUGCAUCGAGUUCACCGUGCGUGGCAACCCACAGCCCACACUGAUUUGGCUGAUGAACGGUGAAGAGAUCCAGCAGAAUGAUUACAAGCGUGUAGAAAUGGCACACUUCAUGGACUUCCAGGAGGGCUGUCUGACUCUGAGGAACCCCACACACCACGACAAUGGCAACUAUACCCUGGUGGCCACCAAUGCCCUUGGAAGUGUUUCCCAGACCAUCUAUGGCCACUUCCUGCACCCCCCUUUCACAGAAGAUGACUAUGACUUAAGUGGUACUCCUACCCCUCCCUUGAGUGUCACACCAAGGCCAGAGGAGGACACAUUUGGGGUGUCAAUUGCUGUUGGCCUUGCUGGAUUCGCCUGUGUGCUUCUGGUUGUUCUCUUUGUUCUCAUCAACAAAUAUGGCCGCCGUUCUAAGUUUGGAAUGAAAGGGCCUGUGGCGGUGAUCAGCGGGGAGGAAGACUCCGCCAGCCCCCUUCAUCAUGUCAAUCAUGGAAUCAUCACCCCCUGCACACUGGACGCUGGGCCUGAUGCCGUAGUCAUCGGAAUGACCCGCAUCCCAGUCAUUGAGAACCCACAGUACUUCAGGCAUGGGCACAACUGCAACAAGACCGCCACCUACGUGCAGCAUAUAAAGCGCAAGGACAUUCUUCUGAAGAGAGAGCUGGGAGAAGGGGCCUUUGGGAAGGUUUUCUUGGCCGAGUGCUAUAAUCUCAGCCCUACAAAGAAUAAGAUGCUGGUGGCUGUGAAGACACUAAAGGACCCCACUCAUGUGGCAAGGAAGGACUUCCAGAGGGAAGCGGAGCUGCUGACGAACCUCCAGCAUGAGCACAUUGUCAAGUUCUAUGGGGUGUGCGUGGAGGACGAUCCCCUUAUCAUGGUCUUCGAGUACAUGAAGCACGGGGACCUAAACAAGUUCUUGAGAGCCCAUGGUCCUGAUGCCAUGAUCCUGGUGGAUGGGCAGCCACGUCAGGGCAAAGCAGAGCUGGGCCUGUCUCAGAUGCUGCACAUCGCCACACAGAUCGCCUCGGGCAUGGCGUACCUAGCUUCCCAGCACUUCGUCCACCGGGACCUGGCCACCCGGAACUGCCUGGUGGGGAACAACCUGCUGGUGAAAAUCGGGGAUUUCGGGAUGUCCAGAGACAUCUACAGCACUGACUACUACAGGGUCGGAGGUCACACAAUGCUCCCAAUUCGCUGGAUGCCCCCGGAGAGCAUCAUGUACCGUAAAUUCACAACUGACAGCGACGUGUGGAGCUUUGGCGUCAUUCUGUGGGAGAUCUUCACCUUUGGGAAACAGCCAUGGUUUCAGCUCUCCAACAAUGAGGUCAUCGAAUGCAUCACACAAGGUCGGGUCCUGGAGAGACCCCGCGUGUGUCCUAAGGAGGUCUAUGACAUCAUGCUGGGCUGCUGGCAGAGGGAACCACAGCAGAGGCUAAACGUCAAGGACAUCCAGAAGAUCCUCUAUGCCUUGGGUAAAGCCACACCUGUGUAUCUGGACAUCCUGGGCUAGCAACGGCUGGGUUUCUUGCCUGUCUCUCUGCAGCAGGUGGACAAAUGCAAUCCAGGAAUAACCAAACAACGUGUACCUUACUACUCCACAGUCAAAACACCUACAUGACGGGGAUGGACUUAAGUGCCUGCUACACCUUUCGAUACACUGGAUACCAGUCUUUACAAGGAAAAAAUAAAGCACUUUUAGAUUUUGUUUACCUGCACAUAAAAUGUACAGAAUUAUACCGUGCAAAAAGGAUACAUCUUUUAUUCUUGAAAAUGGCCUCCUUCACAAACAAACAAAAAAACCCUGAAGAAAAACAACCAAGGAAACCGAUAUGUUUGCUUUUUAGUAUCCAGACAGAUGAUGGAAGAUUCGACUGCCCUGUGGUUUUUAUUUUAUAUAAUAUAUAUAUAUUUUUAUUUAUUUUGUUGGUUCGUUAGUUUGUUGGGUAUUUUUUUCCGAAGUGUGGAUGUCUCCCAUGUCUGUUGCUAAGGGCGUGUCACUGCUUGGAAAUGACUGCUUACAGUGGCCAAGUCAGGCAGGUGGCAAGGACUUCCUGAAGAAAGCCUUUCUGCCUUCUUAUUGGUUGGAUUGUAUCCCUGAUGCUGGAAAAGGCAUCAAAAGGAUUUUCCACUGCAAAGGAAAACAAAUCAGUGAGAGUAAGAACUCUUAGCAAUGAGGAACCCACAGGUCAAUCUGAACAACCUAAUUUAAUAAUUCAAUGUAUAUAAUGUAAAUUUAUAUAAGUGUCACAGAAUUAUGUUAAUUUAUUUCUUUCCCUACUUAGAUUAUUUUAGUUCCUUGGAGUGCCGUUACGGUGAGUUAUUUCUAUAAAUAUUUGAGAAGCUUUUCUCAUUUUUAGUUUGGCCAUUAUCCGAGAAUGUAUGUUUUUUUCAGUUAGAGCACCUCAUUUCUGUCACACAGGUACACUUAUAAUGUGUAAUCUUAUCUUAAUAUUGGCUGAGGGUCACAUCAGUAGCUGAGGCAUCAAGUGAGAGAAACUGAGAGACGCACGAAGAGGCAGUCUGUGGUAAGGAGCCCCAGAUGAUCUGAGGAAGGAGCCCUUAUAAACGUUUUCUUAUUUCAUGCUGUCAAGUCACAACAGCAGGUGACAUACCAUUGCACUUUUUGUUCCAGUGCAUGUCUGGUGUUUCCUGGAAAGACUACCUAGUGUAAAACAGAUACUCCUUCCCCAACCAUGGCUCAUGUGUUUUAUGGAAAUCAAAGGGAAGAGCAAUACAGGAAAGCCACAUGACUUAAUUGGAAGAAAAUAUGGAACAUGUACCUGAUGGUAAACUUAGAAAGAUAAUUUUCUUUGUAGAAACACCAAUUAAUGAACUCAGUGUGAAAGUAUAGAAAAGCCAUUUUCUAUCCACUUUUUUUUCCAUUGAUGCCUUUGAAUCCCUAUAUCCAGAAUACAGAAUGGGGGUUCUAAUGAGAUUUUGACCCAUCCCUGUUGUGUAAUUAUGGAAAGUCUUCAUAAGGUGGACAAAUGUAUAGGUUGACAAAUGUAAAUAUUACUCAGUGCCGAUUAAUGCCUAAUUUUACAGUGAUACAGUAUUUGUCACAUAAUCAGCGUUAUACCUCUUACAAUAACAUUUUCCAACUCGUAAAGCAUGGCUCAAGCAUCAACAUUAGACAGCAUUUACAUGAUAAAAUUAGAGUUAAUAACAUAGCUUUAUGCAUUAAUACAAGACUGUGAAUCCUUCUUUUGUGUGAAUUAGCAUCCAUUAAAAAGUACAUUUCAUCCAUGCAGCUGUCAUACCUACCUCCCAUUUCUAAGACUUGGAAACCAGAUCAGUGUCACACCUGGUACUGUAUGUUUAGUAUUACAUGGAACAAUGUAGACAUAAGACUGGCAUCCUAAGAAUGUAUUAUCUGAAGGAUUCUCAUGUGUAGAGUUAAACAGUCUUUCAGCAUAGGCUGCCUUAUUCUCAAGUGGUAGUGGCGAAAAAAUAAAAAAGCUGUAGAAUAUCCUAUAAUCCAAGUGUUCUUACUAAUCCUGCUGAAUAACAAAGGGAAUUCAGUCUUUAGAUGGGUAUAUCUUCCAUGAGAGCUCCAUAAUUCUCCACUGAUUAGUACUGGCUUCAAGGAAGAUUGAACACAAAGAUUAAUUACCUGAUGCACCUGUUGCUUUAUGUGCAAUUCACUUGUUUAUACUGCAGAAUUUCUUUAGAAAAUUCUUUCACAUCUAGCAAAUUUACAGUAUUUUCGUGUGAGCAGUCUGGACAACUUUAAUAAUCUUAUUAUAGGAUGUUGCUAAAUUAACACAUUUUAUUGACAAAUAUGGAAUCCCCACAGAGGGACAAAAUACACCAGUAGUCCCCCAUGUUAAUGAGCUACUUUUGCAAAGCAUAUAAAUUUCAAAUUUUAAAGCAGUCUAAUGGUAAUUCAGGUUCUAGUGGUAAUUGUAUGAAGGAUUACAGACUCAUUAUAUUAUUUUUUUCAAUGUCUCCAAAACCAAUUUUCAAGAAGCGUACAUUUAUUACGGUUGUAUUAUACACUCUUUGAUAAUUUAAUGGUCUUAGUCAAAGCAAAGAGUUUCUUUUGUUUUAAAAAUGGACAAAGUCCACCUUCCACGUCUCCUUAAUAUCAUCUAUUUAUUGUCACCUCAUCAUAAUACUAACCUUGUUUUUGGUUACCAUUUCUUGUACCAUGUGUUUUGUAUAUUAAUACUGUAGGUACACUUUUAAAAAUUUAAAUGACAUUUAAUUUUGUUAUGUACUAGCUAUGUAUUAAUGUUAUAUAGAGCACAUAAACUGCAAAGGUGUCUUUUACAAAGAUGCUGAUCUGUCCACUUAAAACAUGUCCAGGAGUACAUAUGUCUAUAGUUUGUGUCACGUUGUGUGCUGUAUAAAAAGUGAGCAUUAUCUAAGGGAUUAGUGCAAUAAAUGAAGCACGCACAUGAAAAAAGAUUAUUCAAUUGCUUAGUUAAAAUGGUAAUGCCUGGGAUAUUCACAAAACAUGGAGUACACGUGGAGCCCAAAACUGAGAUAAAAUAUGUAGAUCAUUAUAAUCAUGUUAGUAUAUAGUACAUGUGAGGCCAUAGAAUGUGAGCUUCUAUACUGUAGGUGAGUUUAUUUUAUGAAGCAGUCAUGAUUAUUUUAACCCUGAUGGCUUCUGAUAUGGAGUUCAGAAAUCCUAAAUAAAAGACCUAUAAGAAGCUAUUGAAUCAUAGUAAAACGUUAAGAUGGAUACUCUGCACUAAAGAUUUUCAAACACCUGUCUUUAUGAACAGUGUCUUUUAAAAGAGCCAGUCCAUCUCAGCUUUCCACUCUCUCUGGAAGCAUACUGUAAAUCAUUCCAGCAUUCCCUGAAGUGGCCAUUGCUUCUUACAUUCUUCACCUCAAACUGAGGUGUGAGCACAUUGAUUCCACAUUGAUGUCCAAUUUGUUAAAACAUUCCUGCCUGUUUUUUUCAUAAGUUAUGGGAGAGUAACUGAGAUAUAUCAGGUACUUUCCUUAAGGCCUGAAAAUGAAUGACUUGUUGGUACUUUUCGCUCUCAAUCUGGCUGGGUGAAGUCACUGUUUAGUUGUUGUUUGCCCUGUAGCACUGUCUCUCAGCCCUGUAAUUUGAAAUAGAGGAAAAUAGCCUAUAUCUGAAGACCUAGGUCUUAAGGUCCAAAUCUUGAAAGUACAUCUGCAUUUUCAAAGAUAAUGCUGUCUUCAUAGAAAGGGAAAUUGCAAAGCCUUUUCAAGACAGUACUGAGAUACACACUCCUAUCUGAUAAGAUGUCCUUUACUUUAAUAUUUAUGUCUACAGUGUGAUUUAGACAUUUAUUCAUUUAUCUGGAGAUCCUUUGAUAGAGUCACUGCAUCAGAUAAUUUUCAAGGCGGCCUGUUCUCGUCAUUGAAAUGUUGUAAAGGAAAGCUGCCCUCAGUAACUCCACAAAUCUUUCACACUUGGCUGCCUAAACCUAAGCUAAGUUUUAAUGGAAACAUGCUUCCUUAACUGGUUAUAAUUUUACAAAAAAAUCCAUCAUUGGCUAAUUCGCUAGGGGCACUCUACAGAAUUUAAACAGUGCAUAAAAAAGUCUUCAUGCUGAAUUGGACGCUAACUGGGGAGAAAACUGACAAAUUUUGCUUUCAGCUUCAAAAGGUUAUAGACUGAAUGUUCAAAAAACAAGGUCUCUUGUACACAAUUUUCCUGAUCUAUCAACCUACAGUACUGUAUGCUGUCCCAAGGAGAGUGAUGUUAGCAAAAAAUAAAUCAAAGAAGUAAAGUCAUAUAGUUUUCAAUGGCAUAUUGGAUUAUGAUCCUUCUUACUGAAAUUCAGUAAUUUGCCUUACUUACUUACUAAAUGAAACUGGCAUCAUAGCAUUGCUUUUAUGUUAUACUAUGUCCUGUUUGUUCUUCUGAGAUUCAAAUUUGUAUGUUAUUAUUAUGUUUCAUACGAGUCAUUAAUAAAUGAAUUGAGAGGUCACAGUAUUGGCCUAUCAAAUAUCACAUCUUGAUUUCACAAAAUACAAUAAAGGAUAAAUGUUAUAGCUACUUAGAAAAAAAAACAACUUGCUUGUUCAAUGGAAAAUUUCAUUGCAAAGAAGAAAAUAAAUACUGACAAAGCCAUCCCUAGCAAUACAUUUAUGUUUAUUAAUAAUUGGGUGCAGGAUUGAUGCUAAAAUUGAAUGAUGUUCAGAUAUGUUCAAUUCUCCAGGGUGAACAUGAAGAAAAGCAGCAGAUUUUUGUAAGUAAUGAAAAGAAAGCUUUCUGUAUUGCUUGUUUUAUGUGAGAGGUGUCUUUAGGCUUGUAUUCCAACAGAGCUCAGUGGCAUUGCUAAACGGUAUAGUGUUGUUCUUCCCACACUGGAAGAUACACCCACUUUAUUUUAAUAGGAUAAGAAGGGGGUUAUAAAAGCUUCUCUUAUGGAGGUUUUAGCGCUUUCAUGAAAGGACAAGAAUAGGGGGAGGGAUAUCUCUAGGUACUUUCUUGGUUGGCUUCAUUAUGUUUGCUCAGAACCAAAGUGUGAUGUGGGUGUGGUGGCAAGGUGUCUUGCGAGAAAACAGACAAAUUUCAGUACAUGGACAUCUCUUAAGACCUCAUUACAUCAGGCAGUUUGCUGACAACAUGUAUCCCUUCUAACUGUAUCCUGCUUAGACUAUCUUGUUUAAAACCUCCAGCAGCCUCCUGUUACUGUUCUACUGGCCUCUGGCAAUGUGCUGGUCAGAGCAGAUCCUACUCCAAACAACAAGGGCUGAGCAAUAUCCAAUCAGAGAACUGAAGUGUGUCACAUGACUCUGAGCUCGCCAGUCACAUACUUUAACUGUAUGCACCCCUUAAGCUAAAAAUGGACCGCAGAAAAAUCACAGUGAUUUAAAUUCAGGAUUGAGAAGUACUGCUGAUGGGGUCGUUUGAAGAUUAGCAGUCAAAAAAUGUUUCUGAUUUGGUAGUGAAUUAUUGUCUCAAUAAUAGAUUGGGGGAAUGACUUAAAAGAACUUUAAUCUCUGGUCCAGCUACCUCAUAUAUCUUUCUUUUAUGUAACCACUUAAUGUACCUAGAUCUUAUGACUUGCUAUUAACUGUACAUUGCGUUGCCCAAGUGACUUACCCAGUGGUUUCAAAUAUUGCUUUUGUCUGCAAUAAUUUCGGCUAUCUGCUGAUAGAAUCCAGUGGUCAUGUCUAUCCUAAGUAAAAUAAAGCAUGGCUUUUGAUGAGUCUGUGACUGCAUUUACUGUAGGUAAUUAAUCUUUCACCUGUGUGCCCUCAAGAUUUAGUAAGACUACUCAGUCUACCAGAUUUUUAAUUGAGUAUUGAGUGUCAAUUAUCAAAUAAUGAAUAACUCUUUCUCUUUGACCUUUUUCAUACUUUCUUUUCUUACCAAAGGGAGGUCUUUAGCUUCACUCCUUUUUUUUCAAUCGGUGGGACAGCUUGAGGAGAGGGCGCUAUCUGGCUUUAAUUUUGUACUUCACUAAUGAGAAGGAAGGCACCCACUUGUUGUGUGAAGAUAUUCAAAGGCAACAUUGAGGAGGCUGAGAAUGAUUAUGCAAUACAGCACUUAGCUAAUUUCGCUGUUCAUGUGGAAACCUUCCCUGUUAUUUGGCAGGGAUGAACAGGAAAUCCUGGCAAGACACCACUCUGCUCUCCUUUAGCAUCUCUGUUAGCCUUAUGAGUUGUAACUAAAAGGCCUUAUUUUAGUCACAUGAAGUUGGGAAGUUUUGGAUAAAUGUAUCUGGUGAUCUAAUGGAGAAGAACGGUUACUAUAGUCCAGCUAAGAUUUUGCUUUUGGUGAAGCAAGUGCUAACAAUAACACGUUUGAUAACAUAUACUGUAUAUAUGUUAUACUUUAAAUUAAGCGUUUUAUUGUGGCAUACAGUACACUGUAUGUUAUUGCAAAGAUUUGGAAUUUACAAGGCAUACUGAACAUACUGUAUUGGCUAUGACUGCUUUCACAACCUUGGCCUAAAGCUAGCUGUGAACCUGUUUUUUGUCUGUCUAUGAAAAACUUGUCAAUAAGAUUAAUAGCAUGAAGUGUAUUCAAGAUUCUGGUGUGGACAAGUCACAUACAUACUAUACUCACAUACAGUAGGCUAUUGCUGCACUAUUUCCUGGAUUAAGAGCAUAUUGAACAGAAAUUAGUAUAUAAAUGGAGGUAGCUUUGGUGUGACUACCUCUCUUGAUGCUGAAACAAUGUUUAGUUGUCUCUGUAUCCUAAUGUUUCAGAAAUGUCAAUGUCUGUGUGUGAGUGUGUGUACAGUAUGUGUGCUCACUUAGAGUCUGAGGGACCAGCCAAAACCACCAUUUCCACUCCAUUUACCAUAGAGCUAAUCAGUGCUCAAUGACCCAUGGAGAGAGUAAUAUUGGCGGUGAAAGUAAUAAAGAAAGAUACAAAAAAAAUGUAUCUUCAUGCAUACUUGACUUGCCCUUUAAGGUCACCAGCAAAGAAAAGAAAUAAAAGAAGUGUCACUCAGGGAUGGAGGCGACAUAAUCAAAGGAGAGUGAGUGUGACAAGACUGUGACGGGGAGGCGGCUCAAAAGGUCACAGUGAAUCUAAUGACUUCACCUGGCAGUUAUCUUUGGAUAACUUUUAAACAGGAUGGCCUGCCUCUGUAAUCGCUCAGGGUCAGACAAGUCUCUGUCUUUUUGACGAACCUGUUUGAGCAGUGGAACGGCAAGGCAUUUUUCUGUUGUUGCUGUUUGGGCAGCUGGAGAGAACACAAAGCAGAUUUACUAUGCUAGUAGUAUUGCGUCUCUCUUCACGGCUCAAGCAACAGAGCCCUGAUGAAUGGUAUAAGGCCUUUAAUCAUUGAGAGAGUAGCAGAGAGCAAGGCAAGAAACCGGAACAUUGCAAUUGAAAGGAAUUCUCUCAGAGCUCUCCAUAGCCCAGGGCCUGCAGCUCAGUAAAGCUGCACACUAGCUACCCCACUACCUGAUCCCCUGCUGAGAUUUCAUGUUGAUGAAGACUGUUGGACUCCAGCAGGAAAUUGUCUCAUAAAACAUAGCGUGUUGUGUGUAGUUUAUUAGUAUCAUUUUUCUUUUUGCUUAUCUUUCUUAUUGAGCUGUUCAUGUGCCAACUUUGGGCAUUAAAACAUGCAAGCUAAAUACUGUUGAGUGUAUAUAUAUAUACUAUAUACAGUAUACAAUAAUUGACUUGAACUUGAACAUGGACCUAACAAUCAUAUUGUUAGCAUAAACAGUUGCUCAGACACUUCUGAAGCAUUAAAUCAGGAUUCUAAUUUUUAAUGCAGAUUUAGUCCACUUCCAGAAAACAAAAGUUAAAAGAUUACAGAUAUGCUCUUUAAAGCAACAAAGUCUUGAAUUUGUUUUUCUAUUGGCUAUCUUUUCAUUCCCCACAACAAAUCCAGUACAGACACUGUGCAAGGUCUAAUGACGACUUUUUUUAUAUAUAACACAGCACUCUGUAAUUUCAACCACAGCAUGCCGUGAUAUGGGUUCUAUUAAAUACCAGCAUGGAUUUUGUUUUUUUCUGAAAGCAGGCAAAAUGAGAUCAUUUCAUUUUAAUUCAUUUGAAAAAGCAAAUGAAGUAAAUAGUGACAUUCCCUGCCUUAAUUUAAAACACUCCCAAAGAGAAACCCCUGUUGCACUUGGACAUGAAUAUCCCACGGCCUCGUUGGAAAACAAAUCCACUUAGGAGCUCUCUUUCUGCAUGUGGGGGAGGAGGAGGAGGGAAAGUUUGAAGUUGAUACUAGGCGUGGGAGAGAAAGACAAAAGAUCACACAACCUGCCUACGUUCGCUACCUGAUAAAAGUGAACCUAAGCAAAACACUGGAUUGGAUAAGUGUUGCUUUAGAGAUUUUCUACAGAGCAAGCAGGUGUAAAAAAAAGUGCUACCAUGUGCAUCUAUACAGUUCACCCAGAAAAAGCUUGCUUGGCUUCCUGGAGGCUGAAGGAAAUUGACUGUGGUAUUAAGACUUCAGAUGGGAUGUCACCCUGGAGCAAUCUCUUGCGCUGUCAGCAGACGCUGACAUCUAGAUUAACCUCAGUGCCUGGAGUUUUCGGAGAGAGAGGCUCAUUGGAAUGCAAGAGGAAUCUAACCUCCAGUCCGGGGCUUCAAACCCACGUGUGUUCCGGUCUCCUUCUCAGUCUGUCAGCUUUCUGGGGAUUUGAAAGAUGUUCGGAGAGGCAACAAAGGGGAUGGGGUAGCGUCGGAGGGGUUUGGGGCAACGGGAAGUGGGAACCUCUAAAUGUGCUUUGAGGACCAGCUGGAAGCAGGAGCUUGUGUGUGUGUGUGUGUGUGUGUGUGUGUGGGGGGGGACAUUGUGUAGCAUACUGUAGAUACUGAUAGGAGUUUCAGUCCUGGCUGUUGUACUAAUUGCUGUCAACAGAAUAAAAUAAGAUUAACUGUACUGCAGACAUGAAAAGUGUCAGGCGAACAAAGAAAAUUGAAACACUGAAGGUUAUUUCUGUCUCCUAGUGGCACCAUCUCUCAGCCUGCAAGACUUUUGCUAUGUUACUUUUUAGGAGUCUGGUAACUUGUUUUUCACUGAAUAAUUUGCAUUUAAUAAAAAAAAAACAUAAUUAUUUGUAUUGUUACAAUAAACCACAUUGGAAUUCUAGGGGGUUUCAUGCUAAAAAUAGAGCCGCUGGGUCUACAGUAGAUACUGCUGAAGACUUUGGCUAAGUCAAUUGCUGAUUUUGUGUACAGUGAAAGCAUUCAUUCUCUGUCAGGGCUGUGUGGACUCCUAGUCAGGGUUUCCCGGGUUUAAGACUCAAUAGUUACUGCAAAGGCUGUGUGGCAUCUGCAGUACAAGCCUGUAGCAUUGGAAAUGGGAGCUGUUUCAAUCCUCCCUCCAGCAGUCAGGACAGGUACUUGUGCCGUAACAUUUCAUUGUCUAAAAGUGCUGUAUGGCCUCUUAAAAUAUAUUCCAUUUCCGUUGUCUUCAUAAGUCCCCUGCUAGCACCAGGGCUUCACAGAGAAACACACGUAUUGUAUAUUAAGAGAAAAAAAAAUCUUUUUUCCACAAAAGGUCACUUAGUAUUCCAGUCUUUUCAAAUAUUUCAGUCACUGUCAGACCUUUCCAUUCCUCACUGCAAUAAUUUGUGGUGUUUGAGUGUUGAAUUUCCUGUUUUUUUCCAUUUCUCUCCUCUAAAAAAGAAGACCUCAUGUAAAUGAAUAUUUCUCUCAAAUUUUGACCUGCAACCUGUAACAUUUUGCUUGCUGCUUCAUUUACUGUUACAUUGUUUUAAAAUAUAUGGAAUUCUAACAGAGUGAUAAUAGAAAUCUGGAUAAUAGAAAAAGUUUCAAUCUUAAUCUCACUUCUUCUUGCCUGCAUACUGUACAUAACCCCUCGCACCUCUGCUUUUCCAUAGUGCUUCUUUCUUAUACCCCUCCCACCACCCCAUCUACACUCCUGUAGCAGCACCCUGGCUCAUUUGCCACAAUCUGAAGGGGGUCUGGGCAGACUCAUCCUUCCAAUGUUGUCACGAUCGUCAUCCCUCCUCUAAAGGGCGCUCUGACCCUUUUGUGUUUGUUUCAUUAUCACGUACACCUGUCCCUGAAUUCACCGUUAUUCCAGUUAUUAUUUAAACCCGGUGCUCCGGUAGCUUAGGGCUUUGAAUUGGAAGACAAACGCCCGGAGGCCGGCCUAUAAUCAGGUCGCCCUACGUCCGCGGCUCGAAGGCUUAGGCUUCUUAACGGCGUCCGGACCAAGCUGAGUCCAAGCCUGGGAGCGCUUGGCCUCAUAACUGUAUUUUUAAUUUCCUAGUUCCUUGUCCCCGUUUCUGAUUUUAAUCGUCUUGUCUUGGUUAGAUCACCUGGUUUUGGAUUUCGGACUGCGUCCUGGAUUUCCUAUAUUGGACUGUUUUUGGACUUGUUUGCUCCUGGAUACACUGUGAGCACUGCCCCCUGUUCGCCAUCCCUUCCAUUCCUCACUGUGUUUUCCCCGUAGCCCUUCUCCAGUCACUUCCGGAUUAUUCCGUCUGCACAGGUUCCUAAACUACACACUACAUGGGAGUCAGGACCGGCUCUUGUUACAAAUGUGGCUUCUUAUUCCCUUAACAAGGCGGACUACGCCCAAUAUACUCUGCCAUCUCCCUUGCAUUUAUUAGGAUCUAAACAAACCACUGAAAAAUUGUUGCUAAACCUACUUAGAAUGAACCAGUUUCAUGUCAUACUGGCUGAUCUAAAAAGAGUGUUAACAAUUCAUGAUCAGAAGCAAAUCCCAAGCGAUUCUUAAAAAUAAUGUCUGCAUAAAAUUGAUUAUAUCAAAAAUUUGCUUCAUUAUGGUGUCAAGUGGGCUUGGUUUUGGAGAUCAAUUCUGUUUCAGUAUAUUGUGAGAGAGUAAUUCAGUAAUUCAGGUGUAUAUAUGGAAGUAUAGACCGCUUGGAUAAUUAAUGUGGAUCACUGACACAGUCUUGCUUAAAUAAAUUGCAUUACAUCUGCCAUAGGAAAGCACCAGUCUUUGAGUCUGCAUGACUUUUAUUUGCACACUUAUUUUAAAAACUAUUUUUCUUAUUCACACCAAGGGAAGGACUGUGUGAGGUACUGUAGUACAAUCUUAACACAUCAAAGCUAAUCCAAAAUGAAGAACCCGUUUCUCAAAGCGGUGGUAAUGAGGGCAAAUGACUACCCUCUCAGUUCACUCUGUCAUCCAAACACGAAGCUCUCUAGAGUCUCAAAUUAGUUAGUUCCUUUAUUGUCUUACAGUACAUCAUGCUUUGAACUUCUUUGGCUGAAGUAAAGAUAAUCACAGUCUGCCAAAUUAUCCUGUAGUGCAACAGAACCCCUCAGAAAAACUCAGAAGACUGUGCAACAGAUAGUUACCUUAUUUUGAGCAAAUUAUUUAAAAUUAAAAACAAGGCCUAUAAGGAAAAAAUGGAACAGUGGGUAUUUGGAAGGUGAACCUACCUCGACAGUUCAGAGGGCUAAGUGAUGUCAAGUCCUUCUGAAAGAUGCUUUUGUCCAGUUGGUUGCAGUGGCCACAUUAUCUAGAUCUGAAUCCCCAUGACUUUUUUGGUUGGGAUAACUUUGCGACAAAGUGCUCAGGGAUAACCUUUUGAACUUUACGAAAGAGCUGUGGAUGGUAGCAAUGUAAGAAUUCAGAUAAAGACUGGUACAAGUUCUCAAAGCAAAUUGUGCAUUUAAAGAUGACAUUUAUUUCACUGUGCAGUGUUAAAGAACAAUGCCGUCUUUUCUUAAAUUCCUCAUAUAAUAUGUGUAUAAAAUCUGUAUAUGGAGUUUACUCUUCAUGUAGUAUGUAUUACUGUGUGACAUUCUUUAUACUGUACAUAUAAAAAAUGCAUCAAAACCAUAUUUAGUGCAACGCAAACAUACAAUUCAACCUCUCUUAGAGGAUAAAGUUUUACCCAACUGCAUGCAGAACUUUAUACAUUAUCCAUGAUGUCUCUAGUCUUUAUGAUAUUAACUCGGAUGACACUGAGAGGAAAAAAUAUUGACUUUCUGUAUUGCAGAGUGUUUUAAAAUGAGGCUUGAAUAAUUUAUCAAUCUAGCACAUAGGGGAGCUUUUGUAUUGCCUAUCGAUAACAUUUUUUUUUUCUUCUGCUCAGACUUGCCAGUUUUCAUAGUAUACAGAAUGCAGAGGUUGUGUUGUCAUGGAAACCUUAACUUGUCUGUCCUUUCCUCAUAUUGAUAUUCAAGGCAAAGGUAGCAUUCCAGUUAGGCAGAUGGAACAUUAAUGCGAUACUGAUGUUAUUUAAAAGGAAUCUAACAGAAGAGAACCCCUCUUUCAGCAUCUAUGAUUAGGCUCUGAAAGAUCGUGCAGGUACCUUCUUCAGCUUUUCUUUUUUUUUUCCUUGGCCCCUACAAUUUACUUUCAAGGAAACCUUAAGAAAACUGUGAAUUCAAAACAUCUGAGACACAUGCAUAUUAAUAAUAAAUAGUGAAGUUUCUGUGCUGUUUUGACAUUGAAGUAAAUUACUUCUCUGGAGGUCUUGAAGGAAACGUGACAGUAGUGCUGUGAAAGUAAUAGACUUUAUAGGACAGUAUGGAUAUAACAGGGAGGACUGACAAUCUAAAUAAUAAAAACAAACAAUUCCAAACCUAUGACACCACCUUUUUAAUCUGACAAUGUUUCAUCCAUUAUUAAAAAUAAACACAUCUUUAUUUUACUUUGUCUAUUAACCGAUCUUGAUUUUUUUCACCAUAAAGACACAGCAACUACCAAAAGCAGUGUGUAUUUUAGUGAUAAGCUGCAAUAUUAUAUUUUUAUGUUCCAUGGCUCACUAGAAAUCAGAGCCUUUGGGCUAUUAUAAUAUCAUAGGAAAGACUGCUUGCAAGAUAUUUCUUAAUUCCCUAAACUUGGACCAGGGCUUAACAGCCAUAAAGGGCUGAACGCUUCUAUGAUCACCAAAGCUACAGUAGGCUUAGAAAAAAAGAAAUCUUUUUACCGCCAUCAGCAAGUCACAUAUUUAGAAAGUUAUUUUCCCAUUACAAUAUCAAAAAAGGCCUGAAAGGGCUCAAUUUCUGCGCCUUCAUUUUCUUUUAGUUUUCAUUUGACGUAUUACAGAAUAUAAAAACCCAUGAGGUUUUCAACCAUUUGUAUCACAUAUUCAAUUAAUAUGACCUGAGGACUUUAAGGUUAUGUGAAGGAAUAAAGACACGGCAAAGUUCUUUUUUCUAUGGCAAAUAUGUAUGGUUCAUUUGGAUUGAAGUCUGUAUUAGUAGAUCUUUUAGGGAGGUAGUGAAGGAGAUGACACAAUUAAUGGCUUUUAUUUAACUGAAAGUGAUGUAUUCAAUAUAUACUGCUGGUAGGUGUAGCUUGUAGGCCUUUGAACAGCUUGGUUUUCACAGUCUCAGGAUCUUCAUUUCCAAUCUUUGAUGGACACAGUUCAUUUUUACUGUCCCAACUUUAAGGCCUAAAUUACUCUGUACUGUAUAUUCGAAAUAUUUUCCAAAUAUUUGCUUUUGCUUUUAGCCAGUUGACGAUUAAAAGGUUUCAAGUAGGUUAAUGUAAUAUCCCAUGGAGAGGUUUUAAAAUCUUUCCUAAAAAUGUAAUAGUCACGACAGUAGAUAACGCAUUGGGAUUUCUGAUGGAACACUGGGAACCUGGAUGUGUUUCAGGAAUUGAGUUAAAGACCCCUGACACAGUGAACAUGUGCUGAAGAACAGCUAUCCUACAGCUCUAUUUACACCUCGCAAAGCUUGAAGCUGUGUAAGCCUAUAGAUCACUCAAGGUUAUUUAAUGAUCCGUACAUAAAAGGAAAGAUGUAACACUUAUCAGGAAUUUUCUCCCUCAUGUCUGCCCUCUAGUCAGGUCACUGAGCGCCCGAGUGGACUUUUUUUAUUUCUGGGACACGCUGUGCUUUGCUGGUGCUCUAUGGAGCUUAGAGGUGUGACUUUUUACUUUGCAGCACUAUCGGAUGUGCUUUUGCUUGAUAUUACCGGAAGGCCUGGGGAUUCGGACCAGAAAUCCUUGCCUACAGCACUUUACUGCUCAUGGCUGACCACCGUUCUUUCUGACAAGGUUCUUGCUGAGGAAGACAUGGGAGAGGGUGGGGAAAGCAUUCCAUCUGUGCCAACCAGAAACUUAGAAAGAGAAAAAAAACUGAAAGAAACAUCUGAGAAGGGAGUCGGGACUCAGUGAUGUCUGCCAGGGGGAAAGGGAGGUGCCCGGAGUGGGCUGACAGGACAAGAGUACGAUCAUGUGGCUUGCUGCAGGUACUAGGUUGGGACUAUGGUUUGAAGCGGUAUGCAGUAGUUUAACAUUUUGUGUGGUCAUUUAUAAUGGUGGCAAUAGUUUUUAUUUUUCAUUGACCCUCUCCAUCCCCCUCCCACAUUUAACAGUAAACAGAUAAAGGAUUUGCUGCUUGGAAUCCACCUGACCCUUUCAAAGCAGCUGGAGCAUGUGUUCGGUGUUUUGGUGUUGGGAGUGCUUUCUAUUUACAUCAUAAGUCACCUUUCUGAAGUGCUUGUUGUCUUCUAAAAAAACAGAUUUCCAAAGCAUGGCCUUAUACACCACUUGCCCCGAUGCACAAUAUUAAGGGUCAACUAGACCCCCCCCAAUUGGAUAAUUUAGUUAUGUGUUUUAUGGAAGCCUGCUUCUGUUAGGCACUCUGGUCAUCGUCUGGAAAUGAGCACAGAAGUUGACUUAAACUGACUUAAAUUCCCAAUUCUAAUACAACGCAUUAUGACAUGACCUUUAUGAAAUCUCACAAUUAUCGCUUGAAGCAUUCAGUAGAAUGGUAAAAAAACAUCUGCCCAGUGUUGUUCCAAGCUAGAAUCUCAAUGUCAACUGAGACACUGCCUGUAGUGUUGAGCUUCUUUUUGUGCUAUAUACAGUAUGUAAAUGCUACAAUUUUGCAUUAUUAAAGCAGUGUAAAGAGUAUUUCCAAAAUUAAUUCAUUUUUGUUAAAUGAGAACAUUAAACAAAAAACAAGUGGAUUUGUGAAAUACCAUCUAUGUUAGCUGUGUAAUUAGUUAAACCCCAAAUAAUUAAAUUGCAGAACAAUAUUAAGAAGUGGGAAAACCAGAUAUCAUCAAGACCAGCAUCAGGCAGAAAUUUGGGACACUGCUGGAAAACUGGAAGCAGCUCUGUUACAAUAUUUUUUGGCUCAAAUGAAGUAAACCUGAAGAGUUCAAUCUCUUGCUAGAUGUUUACUAGAUAGUUAUUAAUUUGGUACUGAGACUCAUAAGAAAAUGUGUAACCACUAUGAAUUGAGUCUGGUUCACUUUUCCAGGCCGAUUCUAGCUUUUGUAAUGAUGAAGAAUGAUCUCCCAACCCCACCCCCCUCCAGACUUCCAUCUUCUUGAGUCCUCCCACUCGGUCACUUACUAUAUAAUGUAUUGAUUUAUACAGUAAGUGGUCUAGCAAUUUUUCCGAUUCACUAAAUUUCUGAUAUAUUCGUUUUAAUUAUUGGAAAACAUAUCUAAGGUUCUGUGUAAUAAAAGACCAGAGGCUCUUGCCCCUGAGUGUGCCGGAUAGAUGGGUCAGAGGCUUUUCGUGUCCCAGGCCUUCUGAAAAGCACAAAACGACCUAUAGGAGUUUGAUGCCUCUGAUUUAUUAAUAUAGGGAAGCACAGUGUGAGCAUGACCCACCAGAUGCCAAUAUGUUAUGGCGGGUAACUUACAGGAAAUAAACUGAUCUCACUUUCUUCAUUAGGAGCAGCAGCUGUGUCGUGAGUUAAUCCUCUUGAGAACAAACACAGUGAUGUUGGGCACCUGAACACACAUAAGCCUUGAUUAAAAACAGAGUUGGCAGAGAGGCUGGGGCCAGAGGUCUCAGAUUUACUAAACUCUCUUUAUAGGUUACAUUUCCCUGGGGCUAGCAAGAAAUUCCAAAUCCAAGUGCUUUCCCCUGCUGUAAGCGACGUCGAUUUACAGGUACAAUUACCUUUGUUGAAAAGUAAAGCACAUAAAUAAAUUGAAAUAUGAGGAAUUUGGCCAAUUACCUGUAAUGAAGGGUUAUAUUUAUUUAUUUAAUUCACAAAUGUAUAUUUUAAUUCCAAAAUUUUGGAAUGUCUCCAAACCAAAACCAACAUUUCUGAAGAAGGCAAUUUCCAAUAAUGCAGAAUAAAGACAACUAGAAAAAGUAAAUGAAUAUUAUAUUUAUAUAAAAGCAAUAUUUUAUGUGCAGGGUUUCUGUCCUUACUAAAGUAAAAUCAGUCAUAACUCAUCAUCCUUCUGAUUGUGUUCCUGCAGAGGGUUUGCAAAGUUCUGUGUAAGAGGUUUCUCAACAGUCAGCAAUAGUAUACUGCCAGCCCCACAUCUAAAAUUGACUGUGCUCAAUCAUGCUGAAAUUAGGCAUAAGAAAUCAAAAUGCACUAAAGCAAUGAUAAACUAAAUAAUUGCUUCAGCCUUGUGACUUUUCUAUACACAGUACAAUGCUGUUGAUCAAAUCAGUGGCCUGAUUUCUACAUUUUUUCAAGUAAAUCUUCUUUCAUGAACAGCAGUGGAUAAUAUGAUAAAUUAGAUGAAUCAAUAACAGAUGUUACAAGUUUAGAGUAUGUUUUAAUGACUAUCAGUAUUUUGCAUUGACAGGAGGUGCAUUAACAGAUACAGUAAAAUGUUUUUUAAAGAGCUCAGUGAUUAUAAAUGGUAAUUAUAAAACUACUUUCUGUUUACUAAAGACUCUAGGACAACACAAAGUCAAUUUUAAUUAAUAUGCCCAUAUUUUCUUUUUCUUGAGAGAGAGACAAUGAAAACAUGUUGUGCUCGGUUGUACAUUUCUUGGUCUUAUUUACAUUUAUUUCUACUUCUGGUAUGACCUGUAAUUUCUAAGAAACAAAAUAAUUCAGAAAAAUCAAAUAGUAAAAACUUCUUUACUGUGCUGUCAUAGUCAGUGACCAUUUGUCUAAGGUUCUGCUGCAUGAUGUCAUUCCAGACUUCAUUGUUUCUAUUUCACUUAAUCCUCUUCAUAACAAGCCCACAGACUCAUUCCACAUCACACGUCCGAUGUAUUCCUAUGAGUGCAUUAAGGGUAAUAUACAAUGGGGGAAUAGAAUAAGCAUACUGUACAUUUACAUAAAACAUCAAGGCAAUUUGUUAAUGAAUUUGGAAAAAAAGACAAUAAGUGGUGUGUUAAAUCUUAUAAAUGUAGUUACAAUCUUGGAAGCCUAAUGUCUGCUGGUUAAUGCAGUACAUUCCAGCUGGUCUCUUGGUUGCUUCAUGAAAAUGUAAGCAAUGCUGGUGAACCAGUAAGCUCUUUCAUCUGAAAAAGAAUAUCCACACCACUGCCCCAGUAUGAUAAAUGGGGAUCUGCGCUGUGGGAGAUGUCAUCCUUUGGAUGAGAUUUUGAGCCAAGGUCCUGAGUACUUGGUCGUUCAGAGUGGGGAUGUCGGUCCCAGUGUCCCGGCUGAAUUCCACUGUGAGCUUGUACAAUCUGUUCUUCCCAGUGUUCCCCCUUAAUGCACAGUACAGAAUGGAACUGCAUCCACAUUUUCUUUUCUACACACUUACAGAAGACUCUGUUCACAACAGGUUCAGCUUUCACACACACACACAAGCUCAAAGUAUGUGGCUGGCUUUGAUGAUUAUAAAGUAGCGCAGAUUUAAAAAAAAUAUAUGUGAGAGGCAGCACAAGGACAAGUCCAGACAAUGCCUCACGGAACACCAGCACACAGACAAUAGCUUUCAUCUUUCAGGAAACUGCUUCUCUUUCGGUCAGUGUUUGGUCCAGGCUGACUGUGAAUCGGGUCGCCUGCAGUGUAGUUGCUGCUGGUGGAAUCAGAUGCUGACAACUUGAAAGAGGAUUCAACCACUUUUAUGAAGUGCAGGGAUGGGAGAAGAUCUAUCUAUCUAUGGACAUUAGAUAUGUCUUUGUGGGAGAGAAAUAUAUUAUAGUGUUUACAACUCACAAGAAAGAAACACAUUUGGCUACCGUGUAAAAAAUAUCCUGAUUUUAAAUGAACUGGGCAUCAAGGAUACUUUCACUGAAAAUCUUAUUUUACAUUAAGACCCAUAUAAUGAAUUGAAAUCUUAACCAAAACAAAAAUAAUUAAACAGAUGUAAAUAAGCUUGCUUAUCUGCCAAAAAAUGUAUACCAAAAUUAUUCAAUGCAACUUAAAAACAAAUACCAAACUGAUACUAUCCACAUGCAGUGUACUGAAAUAUAUUUAGCUUUUUAAUCCUAAUAUAUUUCUCUUCCAGUGUUUCAAAAAUAAUAAUUUGCAAUAUUUAAAUCUGUAAAACAUUUUUCUGAUACAUCCUAGUAUUUUAUUUUUAUUUGUGUUAAACACUUUUUUGCCCUUUGGGAUUGAUUUAAUAGCAACAUCCCAGGGAACAUGUCUCAUGGCUCCUUUUUUUUGAACAUGUCUUUAAAUUGGUGUGUGAUGAGUGCAAGUAUUUUGUGUUUUUAUUUCCAUUAAGCAAUGUGUGGUUAUAAAUAAUAUCUGUGUGGCACCCUCUGGCAUCGGCAGAUGUGUAUUUUUACCCCAGAAGUGCUAGCUACCUGCUGAUUGUGCAUUACUCUCUAGUAUUCCUAUUCGGUAUGUGCAAACCUCUUUAGAGUGCUGAAGGAACAAGGUGUAAAAAAUACUCACAGUUCCUCUAUUUGUGACUCUUCAUCUUAAAUCACUGUGUUACGUUAACUUCUUCAUCUAUAAACUAAAUACAGCUGUAAUUAUGUAUGUAUCUUACAAUGAUUUAUGUAGACAUUCUAUAAAUAAACUGAAAA